AUGCUCUGUGCAUGCUGAUGAGGACGGGGCUGCCACAAGGAGCUCGGAGCUGCUCUGAGCCCCCCAGCCUGCCCAGAAAUUGGGGUGAAAACACUUGAGGGAGCGAUUUUGGGGGCUGACUCGGAGCCAGCCGGAGGAAAAGCCCCGCACAUGGGUCCCGCUCUGCAGGGACAGGCUGGACGCGACCUUGGCCCUCGGGGGUGUCAGAGCCCUCCCGCUGGCCCCGGACCGAGCCCGGGCUCGGCUGCGGUGUUUGGGGUCGGGAAAGGGCUCGCUGCCAUCCUGAGGGAGGAUCUGGAAGGAUUUCUCGGGGCUGGACAGGAGCUGGAGCCGGGGGAAUGAGGAGAGGAGCCCGCACCUGGAGGGGCUCAAACGCCGGGGCCGGGAACAAGAUGCCCACGAAGUUUGAUCUCUUUUAAGAAGGGGAAGAACCACGGAGAGAGAAGAAACCCCAAACCAUGGAUCCUUUGUACUUCCCCAGCCCGGAGUGGACGCCGGGCGAGGCGAACUCCUCCGUGCUGCCCAACGCAACGGAGAACGGGACGCUGGCGGAGCCGGCGCCGUUCCCGUACAUCCACAAGGUGCUCAUUCCCAUCUGCUACCUGCUGGUGUGCGCCGUGGGGCUCAGCGGCAACGCCCUGGUCAUCUACGUGGUGCUGCGCCACGCCAAGAUGAAAACCGUCACCAACAUCUACAUCCUCAACCUGGCCGUGGCCGACGUGCUCUUCAUGCUGGGGCUGCCCUUCCUGGCCACCCAAAACGCCAUCUCCUACUGGCCCUUCGGAUCCUUCCUGUGCCGCCUGGUGAUGACCGUGGACGGCAUCAAUCAGUUCACCAGCAUCUUCUGCCUGACGGUGAUGAGCAUGGAUCGCUACCUGGCCGUGGUGCACCCCAUCAAAUCCACCAAGUGGAGACGGCCCAGGGUGGCCAAGCUCAUCAGCGCCACGGUCUGGACCUUCUCCUUCUUGGUGGUGCUGCCCGUGAUCAUCUUCUCGGACGUGCAGGAGGAUUUCCAGACGUGCAACAUGAACUGGCCGGAGCCGGUCAACGUCUGGUCGGCGGCGUUCAUCAUCUACACCUCGGCGCUGGGCUUCUUCGGCCCUUUGCUGGUCAUCUGCCUGUGCUACCUGCUCAUCGUGGUCAAGGUCAAGUCCUCGGGGAUCCGCGUGGGCUCCACGCGGCGCCGCAGGUCGGAGCGCAAGGUCACCAGGAUGGUGGUGAUCAUCGUGGUGGUCUUCGUGUUCUGCUGGCUGCCCUUCUACACCAUGAACAUCGUCAACCUGAUCUUCAUCCUGCCCGCAGACCCCGUCCUGGAGGGGCUCUACUUCUUCAUGGUGGUGCUGUCCUACGCCAACAGCUGCGCCAACCCCAUCCUCUACGGCUUCCUCUCCGACAACUUCAAGCAGAGCUUCCAGAAGGUUCUCUGCCUGCGGAAGGGCGAUGGAGCGGAGGAUGGAGACCCCGUGGAGCACAGGCAGGAGAACAGCAGCCGCCUGCAGGAGUCCAUGCUGACCCAGAGGAACGUGGAGUUCAACGGGCACAUGCAGACCAGCAAGGUCUGAGGGCAUGGCCUGGCACUGCAGAGUGGCCUGGAGGACUUGGGGACAUCAAUAAAGGCAUGGCCUGGCACUGCAGUGUCCCCUGGAGGACUUGGGGACAUCAAUGAGGGCAUGGUCUGGCACUGCAGUGUCCCCUGGAGGACUUGGGGACAUCAAUGAGGGCAUGGUCUGGCACUGCAGUGUCCCCUGGAGGAUUUGGGGACAUCAAUGAGGGCAUGGCCUGGCACUGCAGUGUCCCCUGGAGGAUUUGGGGACAUCAAUAAAGGUGUGGCCUGGCACUGCAGUGUCCCCUGGAGGAUUUGGGGACAUCAAUGAGGGCAUGGCCUGGCACUGCAGAGUGGCCUGGAGGACUUGGGGACAUCAAUAAAGGCAUGGCCUGGCACUGCAGUGUCCCCUGGAGGAUUUGGGGACAUCAAUGAGGGCAUGGCCUGGCACUGCAGAGUGGCCUGGAGGAUUUGGGGACAUCAAUAAAGGCAUGGUCUGGCACUGUAGUGUCCCCUGGAGGAUUUGGGGACAUCAAUAAAGGCAUGGUCUGGCACUGCAGAGUGGCCUGGAGGACUUGGGGACGUCAAUGAGGGCAUGGCCUGGAACUGCAGUGUCCCCUGGAGGAUUUGGGGACAUCAGGAAGGGCAUGGCCUGGCAGUGCAGUGUCCCCUGGAGGACUCGGGGACAUCAAUGAGGGCACGGCCUGGCACUGCAGUGUCCCCUGAGGACUUGGGGACACCAAUGAGGGCAUGGCCUGGCACUGCAGAGUGGCCUGGAGGACUUGGGGACAUCAAGGAGAGCUCAGUUCAUGCAAAAGGAAAAUGUGGAGCUCCAGAAGCUCCAAAUACACCCAGAGGGCUCUUCCCUGCUUUUCCCAGCUGGAACUGCCAAGAUUUCGUGGUGUCCUUCUGGAUCUGACAUUUGGGACCAUUUUGGGUCCUCCAGGGAAUGAUUCCCAGGCUUUGUUACCCUCAGAGGUGCAAACAGACACUGAGCCAGCUCUAAUUCCCUUGUUAAGCUGGGUUUAAGGCUGCUUUGCACUGCUCUGAGCAGCAAACAGCUCAGGUGGGAUCUCUGCGAAUUCCUCAAGGGGAUUUCUGAAAGGAAAAUGAGAUUUCUUCAGAGUUUCAUGCAAAAAAGGCGCCAGCACUGCUCUGGGAAUGGGUUCUGAUGUGCUGGGUGCUGCCUUUGCUUUGUUUUCCUGUCAUUAACUCAUGCCAGGGAGCCAGAACUGUCAGGGACCCUUCAAACACAGCCAGAAAGGAUAAAAAAACCAGGAUGAGGAAAACAUUUCGGAAAGAAAUCAAUGUACCUGAGACAUUUCCACCUUCCCUCUAAUGAAAUUGUAACCUGUUAUUGUGAUGUCAGUGCUGAUGGCCGUGGGGUCCAGGGGAGAUUUUGUGUCCAUUCCUUGGUUCUGAGUGUAAAUCUGGACUCAAAACUGUGUUUCCAGAAAUUAAACUCAGCUCAAUCCCCUCUGAGUGUAAGUUUGAACUCAAAACUGCAUUUCCAGACCAGGCUCAAUCCCCUCUGAGUGCAAGUCUGGACUCAAAACUGCGUUUUCAGAAAUUAAACCCAGCUCAAUCCCUCCUGACUGCUGAAGUUGCCUGGGUGGCAAAAGGGAGAGGAAAUGACUGAACAGCUCAAGGCUGGGGCAGGAAAAUCUGCCUUGGAAAGAGAAAGGAUUUUAAUCAAUUCAGAUUUCUGGGAGGGACUUAAACCCUGGCUUGGGCAGAGCAAAGAGCAUUUCUCCCCAAAUCCAUGGAAUUGGAUCAGAUCCUUGGAAUUAACCAAGGGAAGAUUAUCCAGGUGGAUAAACCUGGGCAUUGUUUUCCACACUCUCCAGACUGAUCCCACCUCUUUUCCCACUCCCCCAGGUCAGGAUUGGGAUCUCAAUUCCCAGAAAACAGAAAUCCCAGCCUGCCCACCCAAUAUUCCCACUGAUGAUGCUACAAUCCAUCUUAUUUAAGGUGUAAAUUUAGCAAAACUCUCAGCAUCCCAGUUCCCUGGAAAAUUCCAGCAGCUCCCUGGGGAAUUGAUGCUUUGGAGGAGUUUGUGUUUUGUUUUUUUUUUCUUUUUCCUGCCCAAAGGAAUUUUUUUCUGGGAGCAUCUCCUGCAGAUCAUCUCAGUUCCACACAACUCCACAGGAUUCCAUCCCCAUCCUAAAAAAUCUCAGACCCUCUCUGUGCCCUUGGAAGCUCCUCUGGCUUUUCCCUGCAUCCCAAACACCACCCCUGGGCUUUUCCUGGCAGCUUGGCAGUGGAAUUUUGAGGAGCCAGCUGAGCUGCCAACGUCCCUGCACACAUUCCAUCAAAACAUGUCAUCCUUCCACAAAGACUGACAAAUUCCUGGGAAAAUCUGUCCUCCCAGUCAGCCCUUCCCAGGGAGCUCCAGACAGCACCGACACUCCCCAAAUCCCUUUUUUCUUUUUUCACACAUUCCAACCCCAAUCCCUCAGCCCCAGGCAUUGAGUGACAUUUUUAAUACCUCGACAGACAAUCCUCCCAUAUUCCAGCUUAUUCAGCUUUUCCUUUGAUUCAUCCAAGGAUUCCAAAUGUUGGCUCUGCUGAAAUAAAAAUCCACCCACCGGAGGAUUGUGGAAAAUUUGCUUGGUGCCCACCCGAGCUUCAGGAGGUGGAAAAAUCAUUUGGAUAAAAUAAAAAUUCAAUAAAAUAAUAAAUUAAAAAAACAAACAGGA